AUGAAUCUACAUCCAGUGUUCCACGUAUCAAUGCUGCGGAAGCAUACACGUGACCCCAGCGCCAUUGAACCUGAACGGGUAGAAGGAUUGCAGUCAAACCUUACUUACCCGGAAGGUCCAAUCAGACUUGGAGAUCAACGAGUUCGUAAGCUGAAGAACCGCGAGAUUCCACAUAUUCAACUGCAUAUAACAAGGAGGAUCCGUGGAGAGAGAGAACAGCAAGGAGGAUCCGUGGAGAGAGAGAACAUCAAGGAGGAUCAUAGGAGAUCAGUGGAAGAGGAGUCUGCAAGGGGACAACGUGAAGCCAUAGUAAGAGGAGGCAAGGCAUCUUCAAAGAUGGGGAGAGACACCGGAACAAUGUUACGCCGGGAUGGGAAGAUCAACACUCUGGGAUUGGAAGAGUUAUGCUGCAGAAAUCUCUGUGAGGUUGUGACGGGUAAUCUUCUAGAGAGAGAAGUUAUGCCGUCAGAUCUCUUGUGUUGUGAGGUUGUGUCAGGUAACCUUCGGGGAAGGUUAUGCUGGCAGAUCUCUUUUGUGUGUAAGAUUGUGAUGGGUAACCUUCGGGGAAGGUUAUGCCGUCAGAUCUUGUUUCAUGGCUAUGCCGCUAAACCUCGAGUGCAUGCUAACAUGGUGGUGCGUAAGGCCCAUAUGUUGAGUAUGACUCCGAUGUGGAAAGAUCACGGACGGCUGAGCCGCCAGAUCUUUCGAGGUUCGUGUGGGUACUCUUCCGAGGCAAGGGAAGCUCUGCCGCAGAACCGAGGGUGUAGUCAAGCGCAUUCUCGCACGUCAGAGCCCAACCGGAUUGGCAGCGUGGAGGCUGUGCAUGAAGGGAGGAAGACUCGGAGGAUAACCUGGUCAGCUGCCUUGGCCGAGUAUGGUACCAUAUGA